CCAUAAUAUACUUUCAAGUAAUAUAUUAGCAUACAUUUUACUCGCUCACUUGUCACAAUUAACUAAAUAAUUACAAAAAAAGUCAACGUAUUUAGUUUUAGCCAUGGUUAGGUUGUACAGUGUACAACGCUACUAGAGACGACGAGAUUUUGCAGCGUCAACGGGACACAUUUCAAUCACGUAAAUAACUACAAAAUAAUAUUUUUCAAGACAACAAGAGGGUUGAAACGGACCAACAUCUGCUUGCAUCAUCAUUGGCUGAUCUGAUGGACCAAUAUCAAGCUUUCACAAAAAGGGAAAUACGCCCCCGGUAAACUCGCUGUACUUGCUCUCAUAUUCUGAAGCACUGCACAAUGAUGAGCAACGGAUUCGCAACUACGGGUCAUACACCCACUUGGGAUUCGAGUUUGACGAAUACAGAUAGUCAAAGUUACGAUGAAUGCUGGCCGGAUGCUCACCUCUAUCAUUAUCAUCACCAUUUACACCAUCACCAUAUUCACCAACACUCAUCUUCAGUAUCUCAAAUGUGGCCAAAUCCGCAUAACCAUGCUCAGCAACAGAGUGUAACUCAAAAUGCUGUUCCCAGCAGCGGCGGUAGUUCGCAAAAGUCGUCAUCAAUGGCGUCGUCGAAGAAAAUCCGGCGACGGGUGGCCACGCUGGCGCAAAGGCGCGCGGCCAACAUACGCGAGCGCCGGCGCAUGUACAACCUGAACGAGGCGUUCGACAAGCUCCGGCGCAAAGUGCCCACGUUCGCCUACGAAAAACGGCUGUCCCGGAUCGAAACGCUCAGGCUGGCCAUCACGUACAUCGGGUUCAUGACCGAACUGCUGCAGUCGACCCCGUCGCCCGGUGGAGGCGCCGACGCUGCCCAGUCACCCGCGUCCGCGGCGUACGCUUUGCCGCCCCAACACCAUGACAUCCCCUACGCACCUUACUCGUUGAUACCGCCCGUCUAGGGGGGUGAAGGUAUGUAGUCCACGGGCAUCAGCCGCCGCCACCCCUCCUCGUUGUAAAAUACUCGAAAGCUGUUGGGCAAUAAUGUGUACAUAUAUAUAAUAAUAUAUACGGCGUGUCGGCCGCCCGUAAGAAAUCUGCAGACUGCAGUUAUUUGUUUUGUGUUUGCAAAUUGCAGUGGGGGUGAAAUCGAUCUGAACCUAUUGUCCGUAUAUUAUUAUAGAUAAUCUGACAUUAUUACCCCCAAAAUCUCCCUCUAAUUAUUAUACGAGAUUACCUUGCAGGGAAUGACGAAAUAUUACUAUCGAAAAUAUUUGUAUUAUAUUGUACGUUUUUCAAUAUACUUGGAAAAAAAAAUACAUUAAAACUAUAUUUUUGAUACCGAAAUCUGGGUUUGAAAAAAAGUUACUCACUGUCCUCCUCGCUGUGUAUGUUGAUAUAUUUUAUAAUAUAUAUAUUAUAUACUAUACACUAUAUACAGACAUAUAGUAAUUAUUCAAAAUUUUCGCGCUUACGUAGAAACUUUUGUACAUGUAUAUAAAUUAUUGUAAUAUAUGCUUUGUAUUUAUUAUUGUUAUUAUUAUAAAGGUUCGCAUUGCAUUAUGAUUUAUGAUCAAACUAAACCGUUUAAAGUUAUUCUGAACUAUUGAAGUACAAUGUAUAAAUAUAUAAUACAAUUUAUUACAAUGUUGUGUGAAUUUUUUUUUUGGUCUGUCAGAACCCUUUUGGAGAAGUAGUAAGAAUGAUUUGAUCUUCGACUUUUAUUGUAGAAGAAGGAAAAUGAAAAAUCACCAAUAUUUUUCAAAAUAAUCUGGAUAAAUUUUAUAAAAAUUACGAAAAGCCGGGA